AUGCCUCCGAUACGAACCUCGCGCAAUCGUAAACCACCACCUGCAGGCUUCGAUGAUAUAGAGGACACUUUGCUGGAGUUCAGCAAUAAAAUGAAAGAUGCGGAAAACGCGCCACACGAUGGAAAGAAGAAACAUGAGAUGUUAUGGCCGAUUUUCCAAAUAAGUCAUCAGCGCUCAAGAUACAUAUACGACCUUUAUUAUGAGAAAGAGGCGAUAUCAAAGCAGUUGUAUGAAUGGCUUCUCAAGAACAAUUAUGCGGACGCCAACCUCAUCGCCAAAUGGAAGAAACAAGGCUACGAAAAGCUUUGUUGUCUCCGCUGCAUUCAGACGAAAGAGACAAAUUUUAAUGCGACGUGUAUCUGCCGGGUGCCGAAAGCCCAGUUGAAGGAGGAUCAGAUGAUUCAGUGCGUCAGUUGUGGUUGUCGAGGCUGCGCAAGCAGUGACUGA